CGGUGGAAUCCGAUUAGGCCACCCAGCAACGUUCGGUGUCUCUAAAUGGUGAAUGUACUUGCAUCGCUAUUAGUUUACUCUCGCUUCCACUUCUUGCUAUUCUGCAUGGCGCAUCAGAAUUUCCAAUUUGUUUGAUUGCAUUAACUUGCAUAAGCACAAUCAUGCCAAGAGACAUUUUUACAACCACGCACUAAACCAGAGAAUGCUUUUGCAGGAAUAUUAAAUAAUAAAUAAUUUAAUAAUUGCUUCAUCUGAGGCAUUUUGAAGCUGCCGAUUGACAAUUGCGGAUUGUUAAUUCACUGACAAUUAUUUAGAUGUCUUGUAAUGAUAAGUCAUAAUUAAUAAAUUCACAACGUAUGCCAGUGAAUACUGUUAACAUUGGAUGUGGAAUGAAAGAGAGGAGAAGAAAGAGACUCGUAUGGGCAAUUAUUCAAUAAUCUGUUGCGGUGGAUCUGUGCACCGGCACACAAGUAGCAUAAUCUGCUCGACCCGGUUCGUGACCAGUGUAGUGUAGCCGUUUCGUUUAGUUGCUCGAGAUGUCUACAUUGAGUAAUAAGAGUGCUUGUCAGUUGUCAAUCUAAUCGCAACACAAUCUCGAACUAUAUAUACCGAUAUAAUCGCUUGAAGCGAGAAAUAAAUAAGUGAUUCGGUUUUUUCCACCUUAACAAUGGAUGAAAAACGGACGUUUGAUUUAAUAGAUUGUGUUGUUUUUGCACUCAUGUUAGGAGUGUCUGCGUUUGUUGGUGUUUAUCAUGCUUACAAAGCACGUAGCAAUCCUGACGCUGUGAGAGAGUACUUGAUAGGCGGCCAAAAAAUGUCUAUUUUCCCUAUCAGUAUGUCCUUAAUCGCUAGUUACAUAUCAGGAAUCGCUCUACUAGGUCUACCAGCAGAAAUGUACGUCUACGGAACACAAUACUGGUCAGUGAUAAUCGCAGACGCGUUUGUUUCCCUGACAAUGGCGAUAAUUUACUUACCAGUUUUCUACGGUCUGCAAAUCACAUCGUCUUAUGAGUACUUGGAACUGCGAUUCAACAACUACGUCCGUCUGCUGGGUUCGAUAAUAUUCAUAAUAAAAAUGCUGCUUUACAUACCGCUAGUAGUCUACGUCCCGGCGCUAGCGUUCAAUCAAGUCACUGGAAUAAAUGUUCACGUAGUCGCGCCACUUGUCUGCGCUGUUUGCAUCUUUUACACGACACUGGGUGGAUUGAAGGCUGUCGUUUGGACGGAUACUAUUCAAACAGUUGUUAUGUUUGGCGGAGUUAUUAUCGUCGCUGUUCUUGGGACAAUAAGAGUUGGCGGGUUCGCAGAAGUUUGGAGGAGAAACUUCAUUACCGGAAGAAUCGAGUUCUUUAAUAUGGACCCAAACCCGACAGUGAGGCAUACUUUUUGGACUGUGGUUGUUGGAAACUACUUGAACUGGCUCGCCACUUGCUCAGUCAACCAGGCUAUGGUUCAACGUUGUCUCGCAAUGCCAACUUUGAAGAAAUCCAAUAUCACCAUCAUGAUUAUGGCCGUCGGAAUAAUAACUAUUGUCUCAUUGAGCUGUUAUACGGGGAUCCUUAUUUACGCGGCUUUCUACGACUGUGACCCGGUUGUCACCAAACAAAUUAAUAAAGCAGACCAGUUGCUGCCAUUUUUUGUGAUGGAAAUAGCCCAGUCAAUUCCAGGAUUACCGGGACUUUUUGUCUCUGGCGUAUUCAGCGCAGCUUUAAGCACCAUGUCGACGGGAUUAAACUCAAUGUCUGGCGUCAUUUAUGAGGAUAUGAUUAAACCACUGAUGAAGAAGCCUUUGUCCCAGGUGGCUGCCAGUCGGGUUAUGAAGUUCAUGGUUAUAUUCAUUGGGAUUAUCUGUGUAGCUUUAGUAUUUCUCGCUGAGAAACUCAGCAGUUUAAUUCAGGCGGGAAAAAGUUUAUCCGGAAUAACAGCAGGACCGUUGCUCGGAAUUUUCACCCUAGGGAUGUUUUUUCCCUGUGCAAAUUCAACGGGCGCGCUAGUCGGAGCUUUAGUUAGUCUACAUUUUGUAGCUUGGAUCUCGUUAGGUACUCAAGCAGCACUUUCCAAUGGUAUUAUUAAGAUUCCGAAAAAACCGGUCUCCGUUGAAGGAUGCUCGGAAAUUUUACAAGCCGCUGCUGCUAAUGCAACAUUAAUUAAGGACACUAUCAACCCGACGCCUUUUUUUCUCUACCAAAUGUCGUAUCUCUGGUACACGUGGGUCGGGUUCCUCACGGCGAUCAUUAUUGGAUUAUUUGUCUCCUGGCUUACCGGUUUCAAUAAAUAUAAAAGCGAAGAUAAAAAACUCUACACCCCUGUCAUCCACUGUCUUUUGCCUUCGAGAUCAAAGAAAACGAAUCUCGGAAAAAUGGAUCCAGAGCUCGAUAAAGUUACAUUCAGUUUUAUUGAUUACUGUGUAUUCGGUUCAAUGCUCGGAAUAUCCGCGGUCGUUGGUGUGUAUCACGCAUACAGAGCCCGCGAAAAUCCGGAUGCUGUCAAGGAGUAUCUCGCCGGCGGACUGAAAAUGUCCGUUUUUCCCGUCAGUAUGUCUCUGAUUGCCAGUUGGGUAUCCGGGACGUCGCUACUGGGGUUCACCGAAGAGAUAUACGUUUUCGGAACCCAGAUAUUGACAGCACUCAUACCAGAAGUUCUCGUUUGUUUAACUUCGAUAUUUGCUUUUUUGCCGGUUUUCUAUCGACUGGAGGUCUCCUCUUCGUAUGAGUAUUUAGAACUUCGAUUCAAUCGUUAUGUCAAAAUUUUGGGCUCUUCAAUUUUUAUUAUUGAUAUGUUUUUGUUAAUACCAAUAAUAAUGUACGUUCCAACAAUAUCCCUUCACCAAGUGACUGGAAUAAAUUUCAACACAAUAACAACAAUCGUGUGCUUUGUUUGUAUUUUCUACACGACGUUAGGCGGAUUGAAAGCGGUCGUUUGGACAGAUACCAUUCAAACCUUUGUAAUGUAUUGUGGUACUAUAACUAUAUGUAUUAUUGGAACUUAUCAGAUCGGCGGAGUCGCUAAAGUAUGGGAAAGAAACGACAAGUCGGGGAGAAUUGAAUUUUUUAAUGUGGACUUUGACCCGACGAUAAGGCACACGUUUUGGUCGACUGUAAUUGGGAGCUAUUUCCAUGUACUCUCGGAGAGCGCCGUCAGUCAAAUAACUGUUCAAAGAUAUCUCGCGAUCCCUGACAUAAAAAAAUCCAGCAUAAUGAUAAUGAUCAUGUCAAUUGGAAUAGUAUGUUUCGACUUGAUUACAUUUUACUUGGGGUUAAUGAUUUAUGCAGCAUUUUACGACUGUGACCCAGUUACGACCCAACAAAUCCAUAAAGCUGAUCAGUUAUUGCCGCUUUUUGUGAUGAAAAUAAGUAAAUCAAUUUCGGGGUUACCGGGGAUAUUUAUUGCAAGUAUUUUUAGCGCAGCUCUAAGUACUAUGUCUACGGGAUUAAAUUGUAUGUCUGGAUUAGUUUACGAAGAUAUUAUUAAGCCGUGGAUAAAAAAACCAUUGUCGCCGGUAGCUGCCACUCGACUCAUGAGAUUGUUGGCUGUUAUCAUCGGCGUUACGUGCACGGGAUUGGUUUUUCUUGUGGAAAAACUACAAAGUAUUUUUCAAACGACGAGAAGUUUGACGGCGAUAACUAGAGGUCCAAUAUUGGGAAUUUUCACACUAGGAAUGUUUUUUCCCAACGCGAAUUCAAUCGGUGCAUUGACGGGUGCAGUGACAAGUAUGAGUAUCGUCGCAUGGAUAUCGUUUAAUUCUCAAGCGUUGAUAUCCACCGGGGUAAUUAAUUUUCCGAAAAAACAGGUAUCUAUUGAAGGGUGUCCAGAAGAUUUAUUGCGUAAUAUCGUUAAUACUUCCGUUGUUAAUGACUCAUCGAGCUUAGACCCUUUUAUUUUGUACCGAAUUUCGUAUCUUUGGUACACAUUUAUAGGAUUUUUGUCGACCGUUAUCGUUGGAGUGAUUGUUUCAGGAUUUACGGGAGGAAAUAAAUGUAAAUAUGAGGAUAAAAAAUUAUAUACACCGAUAGUACAUUGGCUAUUGUUUCGAAACAACCCCUCAAAGCCGAAUGACAGAGAACUCGAUACUAUGAAAGAUAUUGAUGCAUAGCCAUUGUUUUCGUAUCUUAUAUAAUUAAAUACUAAAAUAUUAAAUUUAAAAAGUAUAUUAAAAAUAAAAUUGUCCAAUAGCUGUACACAAAUAUAAGUAUUUGUUCUUACUUAAUAAUUAAAAAUAUAUCAAUUAUAUAUACUAUUUAAUUAUUGAAAACAGUUGUUUUAUAACAAGUUACAGUCACAUUUGAGAAUAUCAAAAUAUACUAUUAUUAAUAA